AUGGUCUAUGCUGAACUGAGGGACAGAGAGAAUGAUGAAUCAGUGAAAGAAGAGAAAUCUGACUUAAAAGAAAAAUCUACAGGAAAUAAGAAGGCCAAUAGAUUUCAUCCUUAUUCAAAAGAAAAGAAUUCCGGCACUGGAGAAAAGAAGGGUCCAAAUCGUAACAGAGUUUUCAUUAGCAACAUCCCAUAUGACAUGAAAUGGCAAGCUAUUAAAGACCUAAUGAGAGAAAAAGUUGGUGAGGUUACAUACGUGGAGCUCUUUAAGGAUGCGGAAGGAAAAUCAAGGGGCUGUGGUGUGAUUGAAUUCAAAGAUGAAGAAUUUGUAAAGAAAGCACUAGAAACUAUGAACAAAUAUGAUCUUAGCGGAAGACCCCUGAAUAUUAAAGAGGAUCCUGACGGAGAAAAUGCUCGUAGGGCAUUGCAACGAACAGGAGGAACAUUUCCAGGAGGACAUGUCCCUGAUAUGGGAUCGGGGUUGAUGAAUUUACCACCUUCUAUUCUCAAUAAUCCAAACAUUCCUCCUGAGGUUAUCAGUAAUUUACAGGCUGGUAGACUUGGUUCCACAAUUUUUGUCGCUAAUCUUGACUUCAAAGUUGGUUGGAAGAAACUAAAGGAAGUGUUCAGUAUAGCUGGAACUGUAAAGCGGGCAGAUAUUAAAGAAGACAAAGACGGCAAAAGCAGAGGAAUGGGCACUGUCACUUUUGAGCAAGCAAUUGAAGCCGUUCAAGCAAUUUCUAUGUUCAAUGGGCAGUUUUUAUUUGAUAGGCCUAUGCAUGUUAAAAUGGAUGACAAGUCUGUUCCUCAUGAAGACUACCGCUCACAUGAUAGUAAAACACCACAGUUACCACGUGGUCUUGGAGGCAUUGGAAUGGGACUUGGUCCGGGUGGACAGCCAAUCAGUGCCAGCCAGUUGAACAUAGGUGGUGUGAUGGGAAAUUUAGGUCCAAGUGGUAUGGGAAUGGAUGGUCCAGGUUUUGGAGGAAUGAAUAGAAUUGGAGGAGGAAUUGGGUUUGGUGGUCUGGAGGCAAUGAAUAGCAUGGGAGGAUUUGGAGGAGUUGGCCGAAUGGGAGAGCUAUACCGUGGUGCGAUGACUAGUAGCAUGGAGCGAGAUUUUGGACGUGGUGAUAUUGGAAUAAAUCGAGGCUUUGGAGAUUCCUUUGGUAGACUUGGCAGUGCAAUGAUUGGAGGGUUUGCAGGAAGAAUAGGAGCUUCUAACAUGGGUCCAGUAGGAUCUGGAAUAAGUGGUGGAAUGGGUGGCAUGAACAGUGUGACUGGAGGAAUGGGGAUGGGACUGGACCGAAUGAGUUCCAGCUUUGAUAGAAUGGGACCAGGUAUAGGAGCUAUACUGGAAAGGAGCAUCGAUAUGGAUCGAGGAUUUUUAUCGGGUCCUAUAGGAAGCGGAAUGAGAGACAGAAUAGGCUCCAAAGGCAACCAGAUAUUUGUCAGAAAUCUACCUUUUGACUUGACUUGGCAGAAACUAAAAGAGAAAUUCAGUCAGUGUGGUCAUGUAAUGUUUGCAGAAAUAAAAAUGGAGAAUGGAAAAUCAAAAGGUUGUGGAACGGUCAGGUUUGACUCCCCAGAAUCAGCUGAAAAAGCCUGCAGAAUAAUGAAUGGCAUAAAGAUCAGUGGCAGAGAAAUCGAUGUUCGCUUGGAUCGUAAUGCGUAAUUUCAAACCACAGUGGAACAUUCCUACAUCCGUUUUGCUGAAUCUCCUAGUAAAAGUCAUUUUUUUAGUAAUAUUGUAUGCUUACAAAAGCUGUAAAAAUGAACUUUUAAAACACCCACCAGCUUUUAACAGUAUAGUGUUAAAAAUAUACUGUGAUUUUUGUUAAUCUCAAGUUUAGGUUUUUAAAGACAGCGAGUCUGGUCAUUCAGUUUAAAUGAAUGGUUAUACUGUUUUUAAUGAAAUAAGCCAUUUUCUUGUUAUUGUUUUCAGUACUACAUAGUGGAAUUUGUUUGUUCUGGUUUCCCCAACUUUUAUCAACUUAAUGUAAGGUGAAA